UAAAAAAAUACAAGAGCCAAAUCUCUCUCUCCUCACUCUCUCUUUUUUUCUCUCUCUACCAUGGACAACAAUAAUCAGCCAUUGUCACCAAACCAUCUCCAAGGCCAUGUGAGACCACCAAAUAACUCUUCUGCUUCAUCCUUCACUGAUGGUGCCAAUGACAUACCACCUAUUUCAGGAAUUCAAGUUUUCUUCAGAGAAUUCUUGGUUGAGUCCAGAAAGCUUUGGUACCUCGCCGCUCCGGCCAUCUUCAUAUCCCUUGGUCAAUACUCCCUGAAUUUCGUCACUCAGAUCUUCGCCGGCCACAUUGGAACUCUCGAGCUGGCCGCUGUUUCCAUCCAGAAUUCCGUCAUCUCCGGAUUCUCUUUUGGUGUCAUGUUGGGAAUGGGGAGUGCACUAGAGACUCUAUGUGGACAAGCGUUUGGAGCAUCGCAAGUGGACAUGCUUGGUGUCUACAUGCAAAGGUCAUGGAUCAUCCUCACCAUCACAGCCUUUUUUAUCAUGUUCUUCUACAUCUUCGCGGCCCAAUGUCUGAAACUCAUCGGGCAGACCAGUGAGAUAUCCGAGGCGGCUGGGGCUAUGGCGCUGUGGAUGAUUCCGCAGCUGUACGCCUACGCGGCCAACUUUCCGAUGGCCAAGUUCUUGCAGGCCCAAAGCAAGAUGAUGGUGAUGGCCGUAAUAACUGGAGUGGCUUUGGUUUUGCACAUUUUCUUCAGCUGGCUGUUGAUGCUGAAGUUGCGGUGGGGUAUAGUGGGUGCAGCGGUGGUGCUUGACGCGUCGUGGUGGUUCAUAGUGGUGGCUCAGCUCCUUUAUAUAUUUAGUGGAGCCUGUGGUCGAUCAUGGUCAUGGUUUUCGUGGAAAGCGUUUCAGAAUCUGUUGGGAUUUGUGAGGCUAUCUCUUGCAUCUGCAGUAAUGCUUUGCUUAGAAGUGUGGUAUUUUGUUGCACUAAUGCUCUUUGCUGGAUACAUGAAGAAUGCACGAAUUUCAGUGGAUGCUCUGUCUAUAUGCAUAAACAUACAGUUUUGGGUAAUGACUGUGGCACUUGGAUGCAACGCAGCCAUAAGUGUAAGGGUGUCAAAUGAAUUAGGGGCGGUGCAUCCAAGAACCGCAAAAUUUUCAGUGGUGGUGGCAGUGGUUUCUGCAUUUCUGAUUGGUCUCGUCCCCUCCAUCGCUCUUCUAAUCAGUCGAAGAGUGUACCCUUCCUUGUUCUCCAACAAUGCAGAGGUUCAAAAACUUGUGUAUGAGCUCACACCAUUGCUAGCAAUUUGCAUUGUCAUUAACAGUGUUCAACCUGUUCUCUCUGGGGUGGCUAUUGGAGGUGGAUGGCAAGCUUUUGUUGCUUACGUAAAUAUUGUGUGCUACUAUGUUUUUGGCAUUCCUAUGGGCCUCAUAAUGGGCUACAAACUCAAAAUGGGUGUCAGGGGGAUUUGGUAUGGCAUGCUGAUAGGAACAGUAUUACAAACUAGUGUACUGCUCUGUAUGGUUUACAGAACCAACUGGAAUAAAGAGGCUUCUAUUGCAGAAAAGAGAAUAAAACAAUGGGGCGGAGAACCGAUCGUCAGAGAAAAUGAUGUGGAGAAUUAAUUAACUAAACACGAUAAUAAUAUGAAAUUACAAGCACGAGUUUGCAGAUGUUGAAAAAAAUUCAAUUGUAGAGAGGAGAAAGCAACAAUUUUACCAUUGCAACAAAUUCAAUGCCCACAAGAAUUCUUUGUUGUGCGUUAAGGAAACUUAUUACUCCAAAUCCUUAUUUGAAAAUAUAUAUAUAUAUAUAUAUAUAUAUAUAUAUAUAUAUAUAUACUUAUUGCUCCAAAUAUAUAUAGAGGUAAUAUUAUUAGCCUGCUGAUAUCAACUCUAUCAUAACAAGGCUCAACUUAAGAAUUUCUCAUCUCCUAGAGGCAUGAACUGUAUGACCUUUUGAAAUAGACUAAUGUUUAUGUGAAUAUUUGUGUUUUAGUGGGUAUAUUUAAUAAUGUCUAUCUUGAUUAAAUUGUAAGCAUGUAAUGUAUUAUAUAUAUAGUGGGAAAGCAAUCCAUUUUUAUACUCUGUUUGAGGCAUAGCCUAAUCAAUAAACAAGAUUCAUUGUGCAUUUUA